UCAGGCUUAUCUUUGAUAUAACCUAACUUAACUUGAACCUAUUCUUUCAUACUAUUAACAUGCAUCCGUCUAUUUGUCAUAACCUGUACUGUUUGUGACAACAUAUUUUUUAAUAUUUGUAUAUACAAGCACGAUACGAAAUAAGUAUUAUUGUAAGAAGAAUGAAAUUAUUCUAAGCAUGAUCACAUUAUGCCACAAAAACUUGUAAAUUCGAUGUUUGAGGAACAGAAAAGUGCUAGGCAGACAAUCUAUCAACGAGGAAGGGAAGGUUCUCCACAUUAUGUAUUUUUAAACUCGGAUGAUGAAAAUAUAGAUGAGGAUAUCUUUUUACAAACUAUAAAACGAUCAAAACGCAAAAUUGAAGUGAUUAAUGUACAAGUAAAACCUGAAGAUACUUUACAGGCAUUGGCUCUUCGAUAUGGAUGUACAAUAUCUGCAUUGAAACGAAUUAAUAAAAUUGACAAAGAAAAUGAAAUUUAUGCUAAAUCUUAUAUUAAGGUUCCUGUACAGCCAUUUUCUAUUUUAACUGAAACACUGCCUGAAAGCCAUGGCAACAAUACUAUUACUGAAUCUACGCUAUGUCAAGAAGAAACAUCUGUAAGAAAGGAAGAGCAGCUGAUGGACUUAAAUCUUAUGCCAACGAAUAUAGAAUCAAGCAUGGAAAUUAAUACAAUUAUAUUAAACUCAUUGUGUGAACCUUUAUCAUCUUACAAUAAUGCCAAUUCUUCUGAAGUUUUUCACUCAGAGCAUGAUCGAUUACUUAGUGAUACAGAAAGUACAGAAAUACCAGAACGGUAUGAAACAGAUAUAUUAAAAUGUUCUGGAGACAAUUGGGGAUUAUCUUGGACACAACUUCUUCUGUUUUCAUUACUAUUGAGUUUUGCAGGCCCUAUUAUAUAUAUACUUUAUAUAACUGAAUACUCAGUUAAAACAAAUGUAACUGUAAGUAACUAAAGAUAUUCCGUGCAAACAUA